AGUUCUCUCUUUUAUAUAACAAGUAAAUGACAUUUGUGUAAAUUCACCGGCAGUGGAUGAGCUUACGAAAUUAUCGUCUUUACAACCAAGAUUAUUUUAUUAAAUCUCAUCGGAGAUAAAAGUCAACUUAAAAUAAAUUUGCACGGAUCAAAAAUAUUAACUGCACAAGACAAUGGCUAGCGAAGGAGCAAGUAACAAGAAUACAGUUUGCACAUUGUGUGACAAGGUGGGACUUAAACCAUUCACCAAGGAAAACGUAUUUUACUAUUACAUCCCACUUCAUGGCGUUGUUUCAUAUUCAGCACUCGCCGUAAACGUUAUGAAUCCUGGUUUCAUUUCUAAGGUACUACCCAAAAAGGAUUUGACCAAUGUGCUUUUGCUGAGUACACUUACUGGUACUGCCUUCUACAUUUACGGACGGCCACAUCUACGUAGCGUGCCAAAUUCACGUCGUGGUUUGUAUGCUUUAUUGGGUGGCACACUCUUUAGCAUGGGCUCGGUUCUUGCUUGGGCACUGAUUCGUUCCGUUUUGCCAAGAGACAACGCAGCAGUAGCAACCAUUGCCGGUUUGGCUUCGGGAGCAGCUUUGGUUAAACUAAGCACUGACUACUUUACAGAAUGCGACAAAUUGGUUGCAAAAAAUUAAGCUAACAAGAAAGUCGUGAUCGUGAUGUUCGUGUUGCUCUUCAAGGGACAAAUCUAAUUUUAGUCGAUUUCAUCUUUUUUAUUUUAAGCAGCAAUUAAAAGUUCAAUAUACAGAUCGGAAUUUGAUUGUCGCAUUGGAUUAUGGAAAUUGCUGUGCUGCGCCCAUUUACAAACAACUUGUUUUUUAUACGCUGUGGUGGCCAGUCUUGGUAAAUGAUUUUUAGAUGUUAAAUAUAGUUUUACUUUGAAUCGAGUGAACUUAAAGUUUAAAGUUAAAAUUGCUGCGAAAAAACUGCUAGAAAUGUAUAUGUAUGAAAAUUUAUAAUCUUGAAACAUUAUAUACGAAAAUAAAAGCUAAAACUUAUUUCUAAAACAAAGAAA